UCCCACACACCCCGCCCAAAAUCCCAAAUGCUCCCCCUGUCCUCCUCCCUCCUCCCCUCCCCUCUCCUCCUCUCUCUUCCCAUCGCCACCUCCAAACUCUGCCACCCUCACGCUCGGCUCCCUCCCCUCCAUGCCUCCGCCUCCCAAGCGCCGGAGCUCCUCGCCAAGUCCGCGCUCCGCCGCAUCUCCGACAAGCUCCGCAGCCUCGGCUAUCUCGAAACAUCCUCGGAGGCCUCGACUCCGGCCCCGACCCAGAGCUCCGAUGCCCCGUCCCCUGGAGAGAUCUUCGUGCCCACCCCGAACCAGCUUCCUCGCCACCGCGUCGGCUCCACGCUAGACCCGAGCUGGGCCACGGGCGAUGGCGAGGCCGACACAGCGCGGCGCAGGCGGAGAGGCGGGAGGGAUGCCGCGGUCCCGUCGCCGCCUUCCGCGGCGGAGCUGACGCUUCCGCGGGACGAGCUGCGGCGGCUGCAGGGUGUCGGGAUCCGGCUGCGGAAGAGGCUCAAGGUGGGGAAGCCCGGCGUCACGGAGGGGAUCGUGAACGGGAUACACGAGCGGUGGCGCAACGUGGAGCUUGUCAAGAUCAGGUGCGAUGACGUCUCCGCCAUGAACAUGAGGCGCACCCACGAGAUCCUCGAGAGGAAAACUGGAGGCUUAGUUAUUUGGAGAUCUGGAAGCACCAUCAUACUGUACAGGGGAACCAACUAUAAGUAUCCUUACUUCCAUGACCAGAAGAGCAAUUCUGAAGAUGGCAAAGACCUUGGUAUAGCAUCAGUGCAACAAAGUAGUAGUGAAGAGGACGCUGAGAAUCAUGCAUCACAUGAUAGUACUCUCGAGGAAGAUGAGGAAGACGAUAGUUUUGGCAUAGUAUAUGGAGAACAGAGGACUAUUGCAGAGGAGGACAAGAAUCAUGAUGUAGUGUCUAUGGAGCAGAGUGUCAUCAGAAAGCAAGAUGAAAAUCAUCCCACAAUAUUCUCUAAAGAGCCUGUUGUUGAUACAAAGGAGGUAAAUUUAGUCACUAGAUCUACAUUGAAAAGUAAUUAUGGAGCUGCAAACAAACAUCAUGCAAGAUUUCUUGUAAGAACUAAUGCAGAUCCUCUUAGUGAGGUCAGAGCUCCAGCUAGGUCAACCUUAGUUAUUGGUGUUGGUUCUCCGAAUAAAUUUCGGUUACAGUUACCCGGAGAGGUCAAAGUAGCAGAUGAAGGUGACAAAUUAUUAGAUGGGUUGGGUCCACGGUUUUCUGGUUGGUGGGGGUAUGACCCCCUUCCAGUUGAUGCUGAUUUGCUGCCAGCUAUUGUUCCUGGAUUCCGUAGGCCUUUCCGUCUUCUUCCUUCUGGUGUCCCAUCUAAGUUAACAGAUAGGGAGAUGACUAUCCUUAGGAGACUAGCCCGUCCUUUGCCUUACCACUAUGCACUUGGAAGAAGCAGCAACCUUCAAGGAUUAGCUGUAUCCAUGAUCAAGUUAUGGGAAAGAUGUGAGGUCGCAAAGAUUGCAAUCAAGAGAGGUGCAUACUGCAUUGAUAGUGAGCUCGUUUCUGAGGAAUUAAAGGGCUUGACUGGUGGGACCCUUUUAUCAAGGGAUAACAAGUCAAUUGUAUUUUACAGAGGAAAAGAUUUCCUCUCCCCAGCUGUCUCUCUUGCAAUAGAAAAGCGCAGAAAGCACAGCAAUUCUACAACCGGCAAGCUCAAGCCUGAAACUGAAGAAAGCACAUCUACACAAGAUGCUUCUGAACUCAAGAUGACAAGUGACGCCUCAGUAAACGGACAUGAAUGCCAUGAAGAGAAGAAUGAAGGGGAAACUUCUCUUAAUACAGUUGCACAGAACGUGGAGAUAAGGUUAUCUCAGGCUAUAGUGGAGAAAGAGAAGGCCGAGAAACUUCUUGAAGAGCUAGAAAAGGCAUCUCAGCCUUCAAAAGCUGAAACAAGAGAGCACAUCUCAGACGAGGAGAGGUACAUGUUGAGGAAAAUUGGUUUGCAGAUGAAACCAUUUCUGUUGCUAGGAAGGAGAGGAGUUUUUGAUGGAACUAUUGAAAAUAUGCACCUUCACUGGAAGUAUCGAGAACUUGUCAAGAUUAUAUGUAAAGAACACAGCAUGAAAGAUGUUGAAUAUGCUGCUCGAACACUAGAAUCUCAGAGUGGUGGUAUUUUAGUAGCGGUGGAGAGAGUGAGCAAAGGACAUGCAAUCAUAAUGUAUCGAGGAAAGAACUACCACAGGCCAUCAACUCUCAGGCCAAAAUCUUUGUUGAAUAAAAGGGAUGCUCUGAAGCGUUCUGUGGAGUACCAGCGUCAGAAGUCCCUGAAGCUUCAUGUACUUAAUCUAUCCAAGAAUAUCGACUAUUUGAGGGGCCAGAUGCAAACAGAGGGUCAUCCUGUGGCUCGGUCUGAUCUGAUGAACUCAGUCCAUGAAAACAAAGGCAUAAAUGAUCUCAGCAACAGCUCUGGAACAUUAGAGGAGAAAAGUGAAGAAGUUGCUCCUGAGGGUUUCGACUCAGAGGGUCAGGAUUCUACUUCAAGUGGAACAGAUGGAACCUUGAAUUUAACCAAAUCUGGAGUUCCUCUGGAUGAUAGACAGAACAAAUUAUGUUUCAACAAGCAUAAAGAUGAUUCUUCUGAAGCUUCAAGGCCAUGCCUAAAUGAGAGUUCAAGUACAGUUUCAUCAAAUGAUCUGAUCAAAUAUCAAAAUCGACUUAGCUCUGCCAUAGCAUGCCAUUCAGACAAUGAUAGUGAAAGCUAUUCCAGAGACGUUGAAAUCGUUAAACCUUGCCAGGCACUAGAUGAGCCAAAAUUGGAUGAAAAAUGUACUCCUUACUUGCCUUUCAGAACCGCACCGCUAUCAAAUCGAGAAAGGCUUAUGCUAAGGAAGCAAGCUCUCAAAAUGAAGAAACGGCCAGUACUUGCCAUCGGGAGAAAUAAUGUCAUCACAGGAGUUGCAAAAACGAUACAAACACACUUCAAAAAGCACCCUCUUGCUAUUGUGAAUAUUAAAAACAGAGCUGAUGGAACUCCAGUUCAACAACUGAUAUCAGAACUAGAGAGGGCAACUGGAUCAGUUCUAGUGUCGCGAGAACCAAACAAAGUGAUUUUGUACAGGGGAUGGGGAGCAGAAGUGACCCAGAAAAGCUCCAAGGAAAACAGCACAAAUGAGGUAGAGAAGGAGGUGAUAUCACCUCAGCUCCUUGAAGCCAUCAGAUUGGAAUGUGGAUUGCACUCUGAUGAAUCACAGUAGCUGGAUCCCGGUUAACCUCUCACCGACAUAUUUCGAGAAGAAUCUUAUCAUCUCCACCCGUGAUACGUGGAGAAACGGAGCAAAUUUGUCUGGCAGAUGUGGACGCAGCGAAGCUGUGCAUCAAUCUAGCCAUCAAGGUGUGGAACUGUGCCGUGCAACCAUAGUGGUGAUCAACUAAUCUUGCUUGUGUGCAAAAUUGUAAUUUUAUCUACAUGAAUCAUGAUGCAUCGAACUGAUCUUUAUUUUUUCUUUACUCUCUCUCUUUUUUAUACAGGUCCCAGUUGAGCCUCUUAUGUUGUUGAGAUACACACGGACAUGUUUCUGCAUGCCGUGCAUUCUUAUCUCCCUCUGUAAAUUUUACACGUUCGAGAGUCUGUCUGAAUGAACUUUGCCAUGAACCCAAAUAAGAUGCCACGGAAACUCUUGGUCGCUAUAAUCUGAAAAAAAGAAGAGGAAGAAGCUGGUGUUGUUUGCUGGAAUUCAGCAAAUUUGCAAGUGAA